GCCCAGGCAGCGACUUUCCCAUGCAUACCGACCUGAGCCCGAGAGGCCGCCUCGAUCCUCCUCAAAGUGUUGCCACACGUUGUAAGACGGGAGCAGUAUUCGAGCUUGAGAUGUGACUGUUGGACUGGCAUGGCUGAGGAGGAGAGUGCGGGAAGGUGGAGUACAUGGUAGCUUCAGUUUGACCACUUCCUCUCACGCUGCGAGCGAGCAUCCGGUGCCAAGAAGCAACAGGGAGACGAGGAAUUGUACGAGCGCUGCGGGAUUGGCCGUUUCGAUAGACGUGAUGUCGUCGCCGUGUAAUAAGGAGAUGACGACGAGGGGAAGUUGGUGAUGAAUAAUGGAGCGAAGUCGACAAGUCCGGGCUCUCCCUUCGGAUGACAUAAUCACAUCGAGAUACAUACCCGUGACAUGUACAUGUACUCCCCACCAUCAAUCGACACAAUGAAUGCAUCACUAACGUAUGCCUUGGGCACAGAACCCCGUGGAGCCACCCGGCGACUUGAACGCUAUUGCCCAAAGAGCCAUUGACGUAUAUCUUGCCUCGAAACAAGAAAAUGGAGAGAUUGGUGGUCUCGGCUGGUGGUGAGUACCUUAGUUCCGACCCGGAUCCGUAUCCGUAUCAUCAGCAUGUGCGCGAACGAAAGCGUGGAGGGGUUGAUUCGAAAAUUCUUCCUGGUAGGCAAACAGCAAACGGGUACACCGCAAUAGCUCUGCACGACCACUGGUCCGGAUGCCAGCACAACUACGACACGCUCUCGCGAGCUAUUCGCCAAUGUGAGAAGUCCAAAUCUGGUCUCGUCAAUGAAUACAACGACGACACAUUGUGGUGGGGAUUACUCUGUCUCCACGUCUACACGCUCGGACAGGAAAAGUUCUUUCUGGAAAGGGCGAAAGCCAUCUGGCAGCAUGUCGAGAAGGGGAGGGUUUGCGGGAAAGGAAAGGUGAGAUUCCAAGGUUGGGAUAUGGAAGGUGCUUGUUAUUGGACUUCGAAUUCGGGAGAGGAACAGAUCAAUGCUAUUACUACUGGUUUGUUUGCGGAAUUGGGAAUUCGAUUGGCGAUGCUGGAGAUUGGGUCUGGAGUAGAGAAGAAGACGAAGAAGAAGUAUAAGUUGACGUCUAUGCUUCAUCCGAAGAAAACUACGCGGGAGGAGUAUAUUGAAACCGCGCGGUGCUCUUUGGGCUGGAUUUUGCGUUGUCGGUAUCGUCAGCAAGAUUCGAUUGUUCUCGACAAUAUUCUUCUGAAGAAGGGAGAGGCUAGAGACUGGACGUUCACGUACAUUACUGGUGUUGCGCUCGGAGUCUGCGCGCUGCUCUAUCAAGCCACGGAUGAGAAAGAGUACUUGGAUCUGGCCUGCUCGAUGGCACCGAAAGCUAUGCAACGACCUAGCUGGGUCGACGACAACGGCGUCCUCACCGAACGCGACACUUACGGCAGAGACAAGCAUAAGCCUGAAGAGAACAAUGAUGCUGUUGGCUUCAAAGCGAUCCUGAUCCGGCAUCUUGGAGUGCUGUACGAUGUCAUCAGAAAGACAUCUUCCCCCAGUCCCGAGGCAUUAAAUCUCGCUGCUUCGAUCAAACAAUUCAUCAAUGUUAAUUUGCAAAGCCAGCUGGAGCGCAAUACCAACGGCAAUGGACAGUACGGGCCUUGGUGGAAUGGUCCCUUCGAGAUGCCGACUUCGCAUUCGCAGAUGGCUGUUCUGGACGUCAUGGUCGCUGCAGAGCUAGUGAACAGGUCAUGAGAUUGCUUGAUUUGAUUGGGGUGGCGGACAAUCCGAAAAUCAUAUGGCGCUGGCACUGUUUGGUCAGAAGGUUACUGAGACGGUCUGCAGUUGUCACCGCCAUCCUUGAUGGCUCUUCCAGGACGGCUGCAACGUGACUUCCUCCUAAGCCUAGAUCUGGUGGAAACGCUUUCCCAUAGGCCUCGUGGGAAGCGCUGCUUCCAAUGCAGCCGUACACGUGGAUGGAACAUCUCCUCCUUCCAUGACUCCUGUUGCAACCUUUCACCGCAAAAUCCCAAAUGGCGCCGUCGAUCGCUUCUCUCCGCGAGAACGCGCGCUGGUUGCGCGAUGUACUCGAUCCGCAAGUGGCAAGAGAAGGACCAGACGCCCUUCACUCGGACGAAAUCUUGACGCUCGACGAACUUCUUCGAACACUGGUCGAGGCUGACGACAUCGACCUGCAAACAAUUCGACAAAGCCGCAUGCAUCUUGCCAUCUGCGAUGUUGCGGGCAAAGGCACUAGGUGGCCGAAGAAGGUGAUCGAAAAGGCCGAUGCCGUGAAAGAGAAAUGGGAGAGUCGAUUCGGACCACUCGCAGCCGUGGGCACGCCGCUUUACGACCCUGGUGGGAGACUGCAUGGCGUCUGCAAACCGGAAGAUCUUAGUCGUGAGAAGUUGAUGGUGACGUGGCUGAAGGCUCCUGGGGUCAAGCUCAGCCCGGCAGUAUCAAGGAAAGUAGGAGAUCUUGGUUUCAGGCCUGGAGACUGGUGGAUCAGUCCUCUCUUUGCGUAUCGUGAUGGAAUCAUCGACAACAUGAGCUCAGCGGGAGGGAUCGUUUCGGAUUCGGCGGGUGCAUAUGCGGUUGUAAUGACAGAGGCCGAUGAGGUUGCGGGAUCGGAUCCUGAGAUGUUCCAGUAUCGAGCUCGAGACCGUGAUAUCGGUCGGUACCGCUUGACUUCGGGGACGCCGGAAUCUCGUCAUCCUAUCCGCAUCCUGCGGAGCCAUACUCUGCACAGCUUUUGGAAGCCACGGGCCGGCUUGAGAUAUGACGGCUUGUGCGUUUCUCCCCUAUGCAUAGUGUCGAGAUGUGCUGACGUCGUUUUCAGGCACAAAGUGACAGGAUGGUCGCUCAAGAAGGACCCGAAUACGCACGAGGUGGUGAUGCUCAUCCACUUGAAGCGCACGCCGAACCAAGUCAGUAUGGGUGAAGUGCUCGCUCGUCCCUGGUCAGACGAGAUAGAAGACUAUGCGGAAUACAAGCGUCUGCGGCAGCUGGCUCGCGAUGAGAAGCCUCCGCUCAAGCCUGCAGUGACGGUGCAGCUCGAUGGUCGUGUUGAUGAGGUUCUGGAAUUCGGGGAAGAAUGCGAGGAGGGGGAGGAUGACAUUGAGUCGGUCUAUGCGGCUGCAUAUUUGGCGGGAGAGUGCGAGGACAAAGUCGAUGGAUCAGGAGAUGCUUGUACAUUCCAGAUAGGCUGUAUGGGUAGGUCUAUGUGA